AAAGCAUGGUUCUGUGGUGAUUUUUGCCUACGACAAAGGGCAGCACGCAUGACACAGCGGUGAAUCGUCGGCACUGAAGUUGUCCUCUAGUGACUUUGGCUUUGCCUGACUUGUUGCUUUCAACAAAGGAGACGUGCACGGACGUUUCGUUCUUGAAGGCAGCGGCGCCACAGGCAGCAAAGGAACUGCCAGUCCUUAAAGAACAGAAAGGCCUGUGUCCCUCUAACGGUCGCCACGCUAGAUCUGGAGGCUGAGUUCAAUACUGUGAAACAAGAUGGUACCAGACACGUGGGUAUUCCACGUCACCUGGUGCGACCACCAGGCUGAUAUGGUCAAGGAGCUCUCUUUGUCUUACAAUCGAUCAGACAACUCUGUUGAGCUGUACGACCCUAAGCUUCGACGACUUUUUCUAAAACGAACACCUGCCUCGAUACCUCUGGAAGGGCACUUGUACUUAGGCAAUACCGUUACAAUAUUCUCGCGACAACUAAAGAUCGUUGAUUAUGGUGAUGAGUGCACGCGUUCUGAUCUCGCCCCUCGAUUCCGCAAAGCGGCCGUGAUUGUAAAGCCACACGCACAAAAACAUCUUGGGUGCAUCCUGCAGCGACUGACUGACAGCGGCUUCAUCUUAUCGGGCAUACAAACGGUGCAACUGGACCAUCAGAAAGCCAAACGGUUGCUUGACAUCAUGAAAAGUCCGCAGUCCCAACCCGAGAAUAACGAUACAGCCGAACAGACAGACGCUGACACCCAGACCUUAACUGAUGGAAGGGCGGUCGUCGUAGAGAUCGUCGGGCAUGAUUCCAAACAACGUUUGGAAUACAUUGUCGGCGCAGAGGAUCCUGCUCAGGCGCGGCAACAGUCACCAAGCAGCUUACGAGCAGCUUACGGUAUCUCGAGGACUCAGAAUGCUGUUCUCUGGAGCGCGCUGGAAGAUGAUAGCCUUCGGCACCUGCCGGAAUUUUUGUCGGCCACCUCAGCGGCCACACUUCAUGAGAUCGGCCGCGACUGCAGCUGCUGCGUGAUAAAACCUUCGGCACUCAGACACGCUGGAAAGAUAGUUGACGAGAUCCUGACUCACGGAUUCAGAAUCACUGCUAUCCAGUCAUUUCAUUUAAGCCGGAACGCUGCGGACGAGUUCUAUGAGGUCUACAAAACUGUUCUCGCUGAAUACUCUCAGAUGAUCGACGAGCUAACUCAGGGCGUUUGCCUAGCGAUGCAGGUUGAGCACGAAGAAAACGAUUCUGUCGCCCGACUGCGCCAACUCUCAGGACCACAUGACCCGGAAUUGGCAAAGUGUGUGCGUCCGCAAAGCCUUCGCGCAAAAUUUGGCUCCGAUCGUGUUCGUAACGCUGUCCACUGCACAGAUCUUGUAGGCGACGCCCUUCUUGAGACUCAGUACUUUUUUUCUCUCCUUGCACGCUCCCAGCAAUGAUGUUGUUUGUGGCAUUGUAACAUGUUCUGAUACGCCGUCUCAACUUCCGUCCCUGGCAAGCGU